AUGGCUCCCACAGGUGUCAACCAGCCCUCUCACCCUUGUAUUUAUGGGGAGUUUGUUUCUUCGUACGCAGAGAGGAAGUCACGCUUUAUGAAAUGGCUCAGUAAACUUUUCAGGAGCGGGCCCGGUCGAGGAAACGCAGCUGGUAGUAAUCAUCAUCCGCAGCUAAUUGGCGACGAAAGCAUGAUUUGGCGGGCGCCACCUGGAUCCUUGGAUGACCGCUCUAGAGCACAGAAGGAGAAAGAGGAAUUAGACCAUGCAAUUGGACUGUCUCUGGCUGAAGAUUUGAAGAGACGAAGUGGAUAUAGAUGGCAGGCAGAGAGAGAUGAAGAGCUUGCUAGGUCACUUCAGGACAGUUCGAAUCCGGCUUUAUAUCCUCCUUAUGCCCCAGCUCCUGCACCGUAUUAUUCCUAUGGACAAACACAAAGAAUAUGUGGCGGUUGUAAACACGAUAUACGCUUUGGCAACUAUCUGGGAUGCAUGGGAACUUAUUUUCAUCCCCAAUGCUUCUGUUGUCAUUCUUGUGGUCGCCCGAUAGUUGAGAAUGAGUUUUCUUUGUCAGGGAGGGAUCCAUAUCACAAGUCAUGUUUUAAAGAGCUGGCCCAUCCCAAGUGUGAAGUUUGUCAUCAAUUUAUUCCAACAAAUCGAGCUGGUUUGAUCGAGUAUAGAUGCCAUCCAUUUUGGUCACAAAAAUACUGUCCAUCACAUGAACAUGAUAACACAGCUCGUUGCUGUAGUUGUGAACGUUUAGAGUCUUGGGAUGCAAGAUACGUAUCGUUGGGAGACGGACGGAGUUUAUGCUUUGAGUGUAUGGAAUCUGCAAUCAUGGAUACCGGUGACUGUCAGCCCCUGUAUCAUGCCAUCAGAGAUUAUUACGAAGGAAUGAACAUGAGAUUGGAUCAGCAAAUUCCCAUGCUUCUGGUUGAAAGACAAGCACUUAAUGAAGCUAUUGUAGGAGAGAAGAGUGGCCUUCAUCACAUGCCCGAGACCAGGGGUUUAUGCCUUUCUGAAGAGCAGACCGUCACCAGUAUACUCAAAAGGCCAAAAUUUGGGAGGCAUCAACUGGUCGGAAUAAAAACCCAACCUCAGAAAUUGACUCGAAAAUGCGAAGUUACUGCCAUUCUUGUUCUCUAUGGUCUCCCAAGAUUACUAACAGGUGCUAUUCUUGCGCAUGAGUUGAUGCAUGGCUGGUUACGCCUCAAAGGCUACCGGACUCUUAAUCCGGAGGUAGAGGAGGGCAUCUGCCAGGUGCUUUCAUACAUGUGGCUUGAAUCAGAAGUAAUGCCAGGAUUUAGAAACAUGCCAUCUUCAUCUACAUCCACAUCAGCAGCUUCCUCUUCCUCUUCAUCAUCGUCAUCGAAAAAAGGAGGAAAGUCCAAAGUUGAACAUAAACUGGGUGAAUUUUUCAUGCACCAAAUUGCCAACGAUUCUUCCCCUGCAUAUGGAGGAGGGUUUAGAUCAGCUAAUGCAGCUGUCAACAAGUAUGGUUUACGUUGUACCUUGGACCACAUUCGUCUCACCGGAAACUUCCCAUUGUAA